GGGCCCGGGCGGGGCGGGGCGUGGAGCCGCGACGCGGCCUGACGUCACCCACACCUCCCUGGGACUGCGUCACUGGUGCGCGCCGCGGGUCAGGGCGCAAUGGCGGCGCUGGGCGGGGAUGGGCUGCGACUGCUGUCGGUGUCGCGGCCGGAGCGGCCGCCCGAGUCGGCGGCGCUGGGCGGCCCGGGCCCCGGGCUGUGCUGCUGGGUGUCAGUGUUCUCCUGCCUCAGCCUCGCCUGCUCCUACGUGGGCAGCCUCUACGUCUGGAAGAGCGAACUGCCCAGGGACCAUCCCGCCGUCAUCAAGCGGCGCUUCACCAGCGUCCUGGUGGUGUCCAGUCUCUCACCCCUGUGCGUGCUGCUCUGGAGGGAACUCACAGGCAUCCAGCCAGGCACAUCCCUGCUCACCCUGAUGGGCUUCAGGCUGGAGGGCAUUUUCCCAGCGGCGCUGCUGCCCCUGUUGCUGACCAUGAUUCUUUUCCUGGGUCCACUGAUGCAGCUGUCUAUGGAUUGCCCUUGUGACCUGGCAGAUGGGCUGAAGGUUGUCCUGGCCCCCCGCUCCUGGGCCCGCUGCCUCACAGACAUGCGUUGGCUGCGGAACCAAGUGAUCGCCCCGCUGACAGAGGAGCUGGUGUUCCGGGCCUGUAUGCUGCCCAUGUUAGCACCGUGCAUGGGCCUGGGCCCUGCUGUGUUCACCUGCCCGCUCUUUUUUGGAGUUGCCCAUUUUCACCAUAUUAUUGAGCAGCUGCGUUUCCGCCAGAGCAGCGUGGGGAACAUCUUCUUGUCUGCUGCGUUCCAGUUCUCCUACACAGCUGUCUUCGGUGCCUACACUGCUUUCCUCUUCAUCCGCACAGGACACCUGAUUGGGCCGGUUCUCUGCCAUUCCUUCUGUAAUUACAUGGGUUUCCCAGCUGUUUGCGCGGCCUUGGAGCACCCGCAGAGGCGCCCCCUGCUGGCAGGCUAUGCCCUGGGUGUGGGACUCUUCCUGAUUCUGCUCCAGCCCCUCACAGACCCCAAGCUCUACGGCAGCCUUCCCCUUUGUGUGCUUUUGGAGCGGGCAGGGGACUCAGAGGCUCCCCUGUGCUCCUGACCUAUGCUCCUGGAUACACUAUGAACUCUCACCGGCUCCCCAGCCCUCCCUACCAAGGGGUACUGCAGGGGAAGGGCUGGCUGGGGUCCCCGAGAUCUCAGGAAUUUUUGUAGGGGAUUGAAGCCAGAGCUAGUUGCAUCCCAGGGACCAAGAGAAAGAAGCAGAUAUCCAAAGGGUGCAGCCCCUUUCGAAAGGGGUGUUUACGAGCAGCUGUGAGUGAGGGGACAAGGGGCAGGUCCCAGGAGCCACACACUCCCUUCCUCACUUUGGACUGCUGCUUCUCUUAGCUCCUCUGCCUCUGAAAAGCUGCUCGGGGUUUUUUAUUUAUAAAACCUCUCCCCACCCCCCCACUUCCCUGGGUUUUCUCAUUGUCUUUUUGCAUCAGUACUUUGUAUUGGGAUAUUAAAGAGAUUUAACUUGGGUAA